AUCCAUCACCUAUACAACAGCACCUUCGGGUUGCGCGUACCUCAAGCCAUCCGCGGCAAGCAUUCCAACCACCUUCCGAACUCUACAAAGACGGUGCAUCUCAACAUGUUGUCCAUCCGCUCGAGCGUCGACAGCAUUUCGAGCCGUCUCAGCGGCGAGAAACCCCUUCCACGACCAAGCUACUACUGCAACAUGAACCCAGAAGAGCAAUCACUCUGGUCCAUCAUCGGCGAAGAAAAGUACGAAUAUGUACGCGACAAGAAAGGCCGACUACAUCGCCACCGUCUCACCUACGCCGAACGGGCUCAAAAACAGCGUCUGUUCUUCGAAGCUCGUGUUGGCCAUGCCAUCGUCGGCGAUGAAUGGAUGCACAUGAAGCUCCCGGCUCGUCGUCGCUAGUACACAAUGGCCUGUUCUCCGACAACGGCCUGCGACCCCACCACUCGUUCCUAAACGGUUUCCGACAAUGUCAGAACAAUCCAUUAUGCCGCGAGGGCAGUUCGACUUUGGUCUCCUUUGUUAGAGUUUGUGUUUGAGGCUGCGCCUAGACUCGAGGUGGUGCCAGGCCUUCACUAUACCGUUUCCUUUGUUCUACGUUUGUUUUAUCGAGUCGGAACAAUGACCUCUACACCCCGGAAGAUACCCAGCAUAUCGAUGCACCCUGGAGUUUGUUUGUAUCAACAGUGGAAACAGCUACAUUUAUAGAUUUCACACUUUGCA